UCGCUAGAUGGCCUGGACAUGUGACUAAAUAUCAACGGUGACAAGCGUCAACGAGCGAGCAUCGAGGCUCCGGGUGGUCCAUCGAUCGUGCAAAAGCUGUCAUAGCUGAAAUGGAAAAGCCAUCUAGCUCAUCGUCAGAUCACAAUGUCAAAUGAUACUUCCGCCCAACCUGCGCAAUCUUCACUCUCAUUUACACAAGGACUGUUGGUUGGCCAACUCUCCGUCGUUCUCUUAAUCGGCGCAUUCAUCAAGUUCUUCAUCUUUGGUGAAGCUUCUCCCUCUUCCUCCCGGAGCCAGACUCGUCGAACUAGCCCCCACAAACGGUCGUAUUCCAUAAGUGGAGCAAGGGAUCUUGGUUCUCGAUCGCUGAAAGAGAAGCCGUCCUCCAACGUCUUACGGCCGGUACCGUCCUCAUCUACCAAUACUCGAUCGAUCCUCCGGAAGACGUAUUACAGUGCCAAUCCCACCAAUUUCACCUCAAAACAUGGCCGCCAUAGGCCUCACCAUUCUACACAUCAACCGGAGUCGCUGGAUUGGUUUAAUGUCCUGAUAGCGCAAACCAUCGCUCAGUACCGUCAAACCGCUUAUAUCCUUAAAGAUUCUCCGACCUCCUCUAUACUCGAGUCGCUUGCUACAACGCUCAAUAAUCCGGAGAAAAAGCCGUCAUUUAUCGAUGAUAUUACAGUAACAGAUAUAUCCCUGGGAGAGGAAUUCCCGAUAUUUAGCAAUUGCCGGGUUAUUGCAAUCGAUGACCCGAGUUCGGACGGUGGCCGCCUACAGGCACUUAUGGAUGUCGAUCUGAGCGAUGAUAACCUUUCUUUGGCUAUUGAAACGAACCUGGUUCUUAAUUACCCAAAACCUUAUUCGGCGAUCUUGCCUGUUGCCCUGUCAGUUUCUGUCGUGAGGUUUUCAGGGACACUAUGCAUAUCGUUUGUUCCGGGCACCACGCAAACUUCGACCCAUUUAGCGACAUCACCAUCAAAUAUCGAUCCUACCUUACAGACCAAUGAUUAUUCCGGGGCAAAUAGACGUGGCAACCGUCGUCAAGAGCGGACAGAUACCGAGCAAGCGACGCAGGCUAACAACGCUGGCACGACGGGCAUUCCCAAAACCAGCUUAGCAUUUUCUUUUCUCCCGGAUUAUAGACUUGACCUUUCUGUCCGCUCCCUUAUCGGUUCGCGGAGCCGCCUUCAAGACGUGCCCAAGGUUGCUCAGUUGGUGGAAGCUCGCGUGCAGGCAUGGUUUGAAGAAAGGGUUGUUGAGCCACGGGUCCAGGUCGUUGCCUUACCGGGUAUCUGGCCUAGAAUGGGCCGCACCGGGGUUAGAGGACAGGAGGAGCAACAAGAAGUGGGCUCCAGUGGGAACGCGGGGGUAUCCACUGCUAACGUUAGCAUGCUGGGAGCCCGCGAUGCUGGGGCUGAAGGGUCGCAUGCCACGAGGGACGCUGAUAUGGAAGGUCUUAGAUAUCGCCGGAAUGCUUCUCCGGGCGAUGAGACUUCUGGUGUCAGAUAUUCACCCCAAAAUCAGGAUAGUCGAGAGCAAGCCUGUAGGGACGAUCCUUUCAGAAUACCAGGGUCCUUGCCCGAUGUCGUUCCUGUGACCUGACACCCGGUUCGAAGGUUAGUGGCUUCAAAUGUAUCUGCGUGAUACUUUUGAGAAAUCCGGUCAUAUCUUUUUUUUGGUCCGCUUGCACGAACCCCGUCCCCCGCAUAUAGGUGAAUCUAUCGCCUCCCAAGGAAUGUAUGGAGAGUCAGGAUAUUUCGGAUCUAGGUAUUGAAAAGUAAUUAUGACAACUGUGCACACUCAUUUUGACGAGAAUAUGAUCUUAAAACUAUGGGUGUUCACAGGGUUUUAAUUAUUCCACAGCUGAUUGGUGAAGAAGUUUGUAAUAUUAUGGGUAUGAAAUGUGUAUAACAAUGUUGGCUUAAAUAUCCA